AUGACAGCACUCUAUUCUUCGGCCUAUAGAUUUUCCGUCGAUGAUGAUUGUCAGAUAAUCCUUCAACUUCUUCUUGCUCAAGGAUCAAAUAUCGACGCCAAAGAUCAACAAACUGGUUAUACAUUGCUCCACUAUGCUGCAGUUUCUGGAAACGCCAAUAUCAUUCCGCUUCUCUUUACCAAAAAAUGUCAGCUAAACGCCAGAUCAAAGAAAGGCUUAACUACUCUUCGUGUCGCGGCCUUGAAUGGCAAUUUUCAGAUUGCUUCACUGCUUCUUAAAAGUGGAGCAAAACAUAAUAUUUUGACUGAAAGGCAGGAAACUGCUUUGUGCCUGGCUAUCCGAAGUCGAGGCGCUCUUCCUGGAGCAUUGGAUGAACUUGGCAGAACUCCUCUGCACUUCGCUGCUAAAACCGGAUCUUUUCGGAUAGCCACUAGCCUUUUGAGAAGCAGUGGUAACAACUGUUUGUCCAUGUUCACUCUGACAGAGACAGAAGGCUUCAGACCACUGCAUUUCGCCGUUGAAAAUGGAAGCGAAGAUAUCGUGCAAUUAUUUUUAAACAACGGAUUCCCUAUUCAUAUGUCUACGGCGACGGAAUUAAAAUCUCUCCAUAUUGCGGUUCUGAAGCAAGACGAGAGAAUGAUCAGACUUCUUUUAAAAUACGCUGCAGAUGUAAAUGCAGCGGGAAAAUCAGUCUUUGAAUCUCCCUUGUAUCUUGCAGCACAAAUGGGAAACCUGAAAAUCGUCCGAAUUCUUUCUGAAGCAUCUCUAACACGCUCAUCAAAAUGGAUAGAGGCUUAUUUUCCUCUCUACAUUGCCGCUUAUCAGGGACACCAAGCAGUUGUGAAAAUGUUAUUAAGCAAAGGUGUAGAUCCCAAUGCUAAUCUUGGAAAUUAUUUAACUCCAUUGCAUGCUGCAGCUCACAAAGGGCACAGCAAAAUUGUAGAGCUACUUCUUGAAUACGGUGCGGAAGUAAAUCCAAAAAAUAUUAAAGCUGGGCCUACUUCGACACCUCUCCUUGCAGCUGUUCAUGCAGGACAUGAAGAAAUCAUCUUUUGUCUGCUGGAUCGUGGCACUGAAGUCAACGUGAGGCUAAGAUCAGAACCUGAAAAGCUUUCAUCCAGUCUCCAAAGCCUUCUGAUCUACGGAGGUUACAUGAAUUCAGAAAUACAAGGCAGUGAUUUAAAAGUUCGAUUCACUCCGCUCCAUUUUGCAGUCGAAUCUUUCACGAAAAAGAAAUUUCAUCGAAAUUUCAUCCAAUCGCUUUUAAAAUGUGGGGCAAAAGUGAAUCUCUUUUCUGAGAGAGGUCUCACACCUCUCAAUAUAGCUGUAGACAAAAAUUUAGAGUCAGUUGUUGGGUGGCUCAUAGCAGCUGGAGCAGAUGUUAAUGUUCAGGAUUUCCUUUUGCAUACCAGCAAUUGUCCACAAAAAUGUAAUAAUCGUCAAGUUACUACUGGGGGCUAA